UCAAAUAUAUAUACACUUUUUAUAAAUAUAUUUACAAGUAAGAGAUUCAUAUACUGUUCUAUAAAUAAAAGAUUUAUUUAUAAAAUCAAACAGAUCUCCUUUCUAUAAAUCCGUACGUGCAUUAUUCUUAUAUUAUCAAAAAAUUUAUAUAUACCAUAAAAUGAAUUAAUUUAUCAAAUAUAUAUAUACUUUCUCUAUAAAUAUAUUUGCAAGUAAGAGGUUCAUAUACGUUUCUAUAAAUAAGAGAUUUAUAAAAUCAAACAGAUCUCCUUUCUAUAAAUCCGUACGUAUUAUUCUAUAAAUCUCCUUUCUGUAGUCUCUUAAUUUUUCACGUUUAUCAAUAUUCAGUAUUCAGUAUACGAGUACCUAAAUUUAAGAGAAAAGAAAACAAGAAACAAAAAUGGCCAAGGCAACUUCUUCACUUGUCGUCCCCAUCAUCUUUCUUGUGAUAUUUGCGUUAGUUGAGCAGAAUAUGGGAUGUAAUGAUUAUGAUGUUGGUGGCAAUGGGUGCGACCAUUGUCGGCUAAGAUGCCUCAAAUAUUAUCCACCUACAAGAAAGGCCGAAUGUCAGCUUAAUCAUUGUAUUUGCAUCGGCCCUUGUCCGGAUGAUAGGCCUCAUAAGCGAUUCCAAAUGUUAAACUCUUCAAAAAUGUAUAAGCAAAAAUCCUAAGUUGAAUGUCAAAAUCAUAAGUGGCUAAGGUCUUUCAUAAUA